AUGACUGAUGAGAUAGAUCAAGUUAAUGAUGAUGUAACUUGUCAUGCACCAAUUGACCUCGUCACGGUUCUUGAUAUAAGUGGUAGCAUGACUGGUACAAAAAUUCAGUUGUUAAAACGAGCCAUGAGGUUUGUGAUCGACAACCUUGGCCCUUCUGACAGAUUAUCUGUAAUUAGCUUCUCUCAUGAUGCACGCCGCCUCUUCCCCCUUCUCCUCAUGACUGAUUCUGGUAAAAAACGUGCACUAGAAGCUGUGAAUUCUUUGGCUGCUAGUGGUGGGACAAACAUCGUAGAAGGACUCAAGAAGGGCACAAAGGUUAUUGAAAAUCGAAGACACAAAAAUCCUGUUUGUAGUAUCAUGCUGCUAUCUGACGGGCAGGACAAUUACACAAAGACAAUCAACCUCAAAGAAACUUCAAGGUUGCAAAUUCCAGUUCAUACAUUUGGAUUUGGCGCAGACCAUGACCCCAUCAUGUUGCAUUCAAUUGCAGAGAGUUCGAAGGGAACUUUUUCUUUUAUCGAAGCCGAAGGAAUAAUACAAGAUGCAUUUGCUCAACGUAUUGGUGGUCUCCUUAGCGUAGCUGUGCAAGACUUGCAAGUACACAUCCAAUCGCUUGACCCUCAUCUUUGUAUUAGACAACUAAAAGCAGGGAGUUAUUCCACUUCUUUGACAGGCGAGAACCAACAAGGAUCUGUCGACUUUGGGGAUAUGCAUGCAGAUGAAGAGAGGGAUUUUCUCGUGCUGGUUAACAUUCCAGUUGUAACUGAUGGGAAUUCCAACGAUCAGAUGAAGUUGGUUAGUGUGUGGUGUGAUUAUAAAAAUCCUUUUACCAAAGAAUCUGUCACUACCGAAGCUAUACAAGUGAAACUUCAAAGACCCGAAAUCGUUAAUGAAGAUAUGGUUGUUUCUAUAGAUGUUGAUAGGCAGAAGAUCAGGUUGCGGGAUGCUGAGAGAGGUGAUCUGCGCUCCGCAUUGUCCAUAAUUGAAAAUUUUAGGAUGCAGAAUUCACAAACUGCCUCUGCGCACGCUGGUGACAAAUUUUCUGCUGAUUUAGAUUUAGAGCUUCAAGAGGUUGAAUCGAGGAUGGAAAGCCAGGAAAUAUAUGAUUCAGCAGGCAGGGGAUAUCUACUUUCAGGAAUAAGCGCACAUUCGGGACAAAUGGCUGCAACUCGAGGAGGUUAUACUGGCAGAAUGUAUCAGACAGAUCGUAUGCGUAGAAUGGUUGAGAGAUCUCGUGCUACGACACGCAAAAGAUAG